UCUUGACACGGCUAUGCAUUUUUAUACCUUGGACCACUAUAUCAUCACUCAACAGAUCAUUAGACCAGGAAGCUUUUUUUCAAUACUUCAAGUUUAAGCGAAACAUGCUCGGGGUAGUAUAGCAUACAUGUAUGAGGCAACUGAUAGAGAUGUUCCUUUUUCACCUCGACUCUACUAUUCGAACCGAAAGAAGCAGUACCUAGCACUUAGUCCAGAGUCCUACUAGCACGUACGCAAAGACAAGAUAAAUUCUAAAUAUAAUCACAAUACGCACAAAUCUCUCAAGGUUAACUUUAUUCUGUUAAUCACCUAAGCCUUGGCUCUUUGUAAGUCAGACUUGAUAAAGUGUAAUUAUAUUACAGUUCACAAAGGGCCAUAGCUAUCCCCCAAUACUACGCAUGGUCAUUCGUACUAUUUUCGUACAAUAAGAUUCAUACAUACAAGAAGGUCGAACGUGUCUUUGUCGCUGCUUGUAACCUAUAUAUACUGCCGAGGUUCGAGCACGCUUGUGUGGCUUGUUUUUUGAGUACCAGUAAUUAACAUCAAUCAUUUUCGGUAUAUAAUAUCUAUCACAAUGCGUGUUCCUUAUAGUAUCAUUUUCGGCUUCAUCGCCGCAAGUCGGGCGUGGCCCACUCCUUUCCCUGAUGGCAAUCUUAAUACGGACUUUGCUCCCGGGUCGAAUCUCAAGAGGAAUCCAUCCGAGGUUAUAAGUCAACUUCAACAACUAAUAGAGAAGACAUGUCAUAAUGCUUGUCUGGAACUUUUCCCUGACGAGGGAGCCAAUCACGAAGCCUGUAUGAGUAUAUGCCAUCACAAACAAUCAGACUCUGAUAAUACCAGCCCGGGUUCGGGUAUGUGAAGUCUGUGAUGAGUGUUCCAAUCGAACUAAGGCAGCACGUUUUGAACAUCAUGACACUACCGUAAACGGCAGUUAGUAUUUAUGACUUACAAUUUAAACGUCGGAUUUACAUAUUAUUUUGGUUAUAUCACGGAGCAUCUUCAAUUAAUACAUUAUUUGUAGCAUAUACAAAUAUCAUCAUGUACCUCUUAAA